AGAGGAUCGUAACGUACCACGUGCGCGCGAGGACACGUGACUGUUCAUUGCGUGCAGUGUGCCUUCGACCGCCGAUCAGAUGGUCGUUUACGUUUACUCACAGCUGCUACAGUUCCACUGAGUGCCUUGACAACGGCUUCGUCGGAUGGACACAUACACACAUAUAUAUAUGUAAUAUGUAUACACACUGACGCCACGCGAGUAACAUAUAUAUAUACAUAUAUAUACGAACUAACUAACGCCAGCGCCGACUCUCCGAGAGAUCGAGCAGCACAAAUGAUAAAUUUGAAAUAACGUAGUACGUGAGGUGGGAGUCUCGCGAUUGACACUCCGGUGUCUGCGAAAAGUAACGGGAGAGAUUCUUUUCCGAGUGACAACGAGAUAACAGGAACAUGCCUCAGGGAAGGAGAAAAACUCCGUUCAGCGGCAAAGCCAAGAAGCAGCAGAUGCAGGCUAAAAAGCAGCGGCAACAUCGACAAGUCUUACUUGCAAACCAAGAUUCCGAUGACGAUGAGUGCUCCAGCAAUGCAAGCAAUAUGGAGCAUGAGAGGGAGGUGCAGAAAAUAAAUAAGCAACCAAAGGAUAAUGGCAAGUCGUCCAGAAAUAGGUAUACGUUACAAUUUUUUCAAGAGAGCAGAGAGGAGCUGCGAAAGCGCAAGGAACAAGCCUUAGGAAGCGUCGAACCUGUGAGCCUCAAGGAUCAGGAAGUCUCUGACAAUUAUUUUCCACCUGAAAUCGACAUGCCUAAGCGGCCACCGUGGGACUUUAAUAUGACAAAGGAUCAAUUAGAGAUGAGAGAACAGAAGUACUUUAGAGAAUAUUUAAACAGUGUGGGAGAAUUAGGCGAGUUUAGUUAUUUCGAAUUGAAUCUGGAGACUUGGCGGCAGUUGUGGAGGGUUCUAGAGAUGUCAGAUAUUCUGCUGAUUAUCGUUGACAUCCGGUAUCCUGUCCUGAUGUUUCCUCCUUAUUUGUACGAUUACGUGACGAACAAACUGCAGAAAGACAUGAUCCUGGUGUUGAAUAAGGUCGACCUGGCGCCGCCGGCCUUGGUGGUGGCUUGGAAGGAGUACUUCCACAGUCAGUACCCAAAACUGCACGUCUUAAUGUUCACGUCGUAUCCCACUUACAAUCUCCGCGGCAACACGGACAACGACGAAGGUAUAAAGAGGAGACGCCGGAGAGGAAAGUUAAAGAUGGCAGCGGAAGGAGCGCAGAAGUUGUUGGAGGCUUGCAAGGAUAUCGUCGCGGACAAAGUCGACUUGAGUUCCUGGCACGACAAGAUCCAGGAGGAGAUGCACUCGGAGUACGAUUUAGACGACAUAGAUCGCAAGGAUAACGUGACGAUCGAGAAGGAGGAUACUACUUACUUCCAGCAUGAGAAGUACAAGAACGGCGUCUUGACCAUCGGAUGCAUCGGGACGCCGAAUGUCGGGAAGUCGUCGUUAAUGAACGCGCUGAUGGGCAAGAAAGUCGUGAGCGUGUCUCGCACGCCCGGCCACACCAAGCACUUCCAGACCAUUUAUCUCACAAAGACCGUGUGUCUGUGCGAUUGUCCCGGCUUGGUAUUUCCCUCGGUGGUGCCCAAACAGUUGCAGAUACUGAUGGGCUCGUUCCCGAUCGCUCAGGUCAGAGAACCGUACACCACCGUGAAGUUUUUAGCCGAGAGAGUAAAUCUGCCGAAGCUGUUGAGGAUUCCACAUCCGGAGAACGACGACACGUGGUCGGCUAUGGACAUCUGCGACGGUUGGGCCAUGAAGAGGAGCUUCACGACUGCUCGGGCGGCCAGAUUGGACACUUACAGAGCCGCGAAUUCGCUGUUGCGGCUAGCACUAGAGGGAAAGAUUUGCUUGUACAUAUAUCCGCCGAACUGGACCGCUCAGAAAGAAAAAUGGGAAAGUCAUGCGGACGUUGAGACGGUGAGGUGGAUCCAAGCCAGGAAUCAAGCGAUGGAUGAUUGCGACACACCGACUACGUACAUGUCCUCGGAGGAGGACGAAGAAGAAAUAUACAACGACAAAAAGGGACAUAAAAAAGCCAUCGGAGACGUGGUGAACUCCACCGGGCCGUCCAAUGAGGAACAUGAUAUACCGCCCGUAGCUAAUAAGUUCGCAGCGCUGUCUACAGAUUGAAAAGAAAAAAGAAGUUUGAACAAGACUAUGUUGAUAAGUUAACUAAUAACUAAUUGAUAAAUUAAAUAAA